CUACCCGGAAGCGGAAGUCCCGCUCUCUUCCGGUCUCUUUGGCUCCUGCCGCUUGCUGUGAGUGUCUGUGCUGGUGCGCGGCGCCGAGGGGCCGAUCCGGGGCAAUCCUCGGCCGGGCUCCGGCCCGCGCCGCGCGUCGCCAUGCCUCGCAAAAUCGAAGAGAUCAAAGAUUUCCUGCUCACGGCCAGGAGGAAGGAUGCCAAAUCUGUCAAGAUCAAGAAAAACAAAGACAAUGUGAAGUUCAAGGUGCGCUGCAGCAGAUACCUGUACACCCUGGUCAUCACAGACAAGGAGAAGGCAGAGAAGCUGAAGCAGUCCCUGCCUCCAGGUUUGGCGGUGAAGGAGCUAAAAUGAACCAGACACAGAUCUGAACUGUACAUUAAAACCUUGAAAAGU